GGGGUGAGGAUGGAGGGAGACCGGGCCGGGAGGCUGUGUCAGGCUGGGCCCGCGGGCCUCGGCGGGGCCGAGCGGAAGGGAGGACGGCGGUGGGGACCGUGCCCUGUCUUCCGCCCCGCCCCUUGGGACCACCUCCAUUCCCCCCUGCUGCCCGGUGGCGGCUGCCUGGCCCGGGUCUGGUAGUUGGGCUCACUGAGGCCGCCCUUUCAGCCCUCCGGUCUCCCGACCCACGGAGAGGCCAUCUCCCCGCGGUCACGGCACGGCCUCCUCUGCACCCCACUCUACUUUUCCAAAGAGAGAAGGCCGGCUGGGAUCGCGGGAGUUUCCCGCCAGAGCAGGGUCCCCGGGAGGAAGAGCUGUUCUCUACGAGGAAGUUGAGCUGUCGCUCCCACCUGCUUCGCCUCUCUUCUUCCUUGAAACCUGAAUGCUACUCCUCGCCUACCGGGUCUCACGUAAAACAGUUCUCCAACUCUUUUUACCCUGUGAUAUUUCCCUGGGAUGUGAUAUUGCUAGAGCCACCACCAGAGAGAAACAUCUGGACCCUUCUGCACAGGUUAUGAAAACCCCCUUAACUGCCGCCGUCUCCUUACCUGGCUCAUCGCCUCUUGGAUUCUGUGUCUUCACUAAAGCCAGUGAUGUGAAGAGACCUGAAAUGGAUGACACAGCUGACGGGGUGAAGAUGGACGCUGGGGAGGUGACCUUAGUGAACCACGGCUCCACCUUCAGAGCCCACCGCCUGCCACAGUCAGGCUUUCCAGAGGAGCAGCUUCUGCUUUCUGACCAGCAGAGCUUGCCUUUCAGGCAGGGGACUUUAGACGGAUCUUUCACGUGUUCUACAAGAAGUGCAGCCUAUCGUCCAGAUUAUCACUCAGAUAACCCUUCCUCAGACAGUUUCCUUGGCUCAGGUGACAGAAGAACCUUUGGUCAAAGUGCAAAUGGACAAUGGAGAAAUUCCACUCCAGCGUCAGGCUCAGCGCUACAAAAACCAAGAAAUAGCCGAAGUCUUUACCUCGAAACCCGGAAGACCUCAAGUGGAUUAUCAAACUCCUUUGUGGGCAAGUCCAAUCACCACUGCCACAUGUCUGCGUAUGAAAAGUCGUUUCCCAUUAAGCCUGCCCCAAGUCCAUCCUGGAGUGGGUCAUGUCGUCGGAGUCUUUUAAGCCCUAAGAAAACUCAGAGGCGGCAUUUCAGCACAGCAGAAGAGACAGUUCAAGAAGAAGAGAAGGAGAUCUACAGACAGCUGCUGCAGAUGGUCACAGGGAAGCAGUUCUGUGUAGCUAAACCCACCACACAUUUUCCGUUACACCUGUCUAGGUGUCUUAGUUCCAAUAAGAACUCUUUGAAAGACUCGCUGUUGAGAAACGGAAACUCUUGUGCAUCUCAUGUCAUUGGUUCUGAUACGUCAUCCUCUGGAUCUGUCAGCAUUUUAACUGCACAGGAGCAGUUGUCCCACAGUGCACAUUCCCUGUCAUCUGGUACCCCAGAUGUUGCCUUUGGAUCCAAAGACUCUGAUCCUCACCAUCACCUCGCUGCACCUCAUCAGCCAAAUAGCUUACCAGCAUCAAAUUCACAGCCGGAAGGGUCAGACUCUGUGAUUUUACUUAAAGUGAAAGAAUCUCAGACUCCAGCUUCCAGAUACCUCAGUCCAUUGAAGAGACGUUCUUGCCCCUACAUUAUUCCUUAUUCAGCAGUCAUGGAUCUGCUCUCUAGCAGCCCUACAUUCUUCCAGGCAGAGCUAUGGAUCAAAGAAUUAACCAGUGUUUAUGAUUCUCGAGCUCGGGAAAGAUUGCGCCGGAUUGAAGAACAGAAAGCAUUGGCACUACAGCUUCAAAACCAGCGACUGCAGGAGCAGGAACACGCAGUACUUGACUCGGUAGAGCUUCACCUUCGUGUGCCUCUUGAAAAGGAGAUUCCUGUCACGGCUGCCCAAGAAACCAGGAAACAAAGUCACCAACCGACUGACAGUGAAGACGAAUUUCCUGAAAUUACAGAGGAAAUGGAAAAAGAAAUAAAGAAUGUAUUUCGUAACGGUAACCAGGAUGAAGUCCUCAGUGAGGCAUUCCGCUUGACCAUUACACGCAAAGACAUUCAGACUCUAAACAAUCUAAACUGGCUCAAUGAUGAGAUCAUCAAUUUCUACAUGAAUAUGCUAAUGGAACGCAGUAAAGAGAAGGGAUUUCCAAGUGUACAUGCGUUUAAUACCUUCUUCUUCACUAAGCUAAAAACAGCUGGUUAUCAGGCAGUGAAACGCUGGACAAAGAAGGUGGAUGUGUUCUCGGUUGACAUUCUUCUGGUGCCCAUUCACUUGGGUGUGCACUGGUGUCUAGCUGUUGUAGACUUUAGAAGGAAGAGCAUCACCUACUAUGACUCCAUGGGUGGGGUCAACAACGAGGCCUGCAGGAUCCUCUUGCAAUACCUAAAACAAGAAAGUGUUGACAAGAAAAGGAAAGAGUUUGACACCAACGGCUGGCAGCUCUUCAGCAAGAAGAGCCAGGAAAUCCCACAGCAGAUGAAUGGGAGCGACUGUGGAAUGUUUGCUUGCAAAUAUGCUGACUGCAUUACCAAAGACAGACCAAUCAACUUCACACAGCAACACAUGCCAUAUUUCCGGAAGCGAAUGGUCUGGGAGAUCCUCCACCGGAAGCUCUUGUGAAGAUUCUCAGUGAGCAGACCCUGAGCAUGUGGGGACCAACCUUUGCCAUGGACAGCCGGAGACCUUGGAAAGAGCUGCUCCUCCCCUCCCCUGUGGUUGUAGAGCCCUUGACCCUGGACCAGGCCAGGCGAGAUGCAUUCACAAGCACAUCUGCCUUCCCUUUUGUAGCUCAGAUCCUAUUUUUGCAAAGAAACUUUGGUGCUGUGAAAGGGUGAGGGAGCAUCCCUCCUGAAGAGACUGCUUUUCACUUCAGCUCUGCCGUCGUUCUUUUCCAAGGGCUCCAGCUCACUGAGUCCCUCACUAGGAGCCCAAGGAAGUCUCGGGAAGAAUCUGGGUUUCCUAUAAAUCCUCGUUGCUAGGCCUUACCGAGGAGCAGGGAAGGGCAUGGGCAGCAGGUAGCGGUAAACCACCAGCAUGUAGGCACACACAUCCCCAAGACGCAGUCGGGAAUGGAACUGCUUAAGUCCCUCCUCCAGAACCUUCCUAUUUAUGUGCCCUCCAUGAAACCGACUGCUUCUCCUCCAAGCUGUUUCUUCACUGGUAGCGUCAUCCCAUCGUAAGCACACUACACAAGCCCUGGCAGACCCUAAAGUCUCAAGCAGUCCGUUCCUUACAAGCAGGGUUGCAUGUGCAAGCACGCACGUGCUGUGGGAGGGCCCACCCAGAAGUACUGAGCGCAGCAGCCGGCCCCAGCUUCACUGCUGCCUGCUUCUGACCAAGAAGGAGGACCUUGGCGGUUAGCAUCACAUACCAGAGUUGGAUGAAUACAGGUCUAGGUGGUCUGUGGCUAGUUAGUUUAAAUAUGUUUCUAGCCACAGAGAAUUUUAUAUACAUAUAUACCUAUAUGUGUGUAUACAUACAUAUAUAUAUAUAUACACACACACAUACAAUGUGAAAUAUAUAUUUCACAGGGAUAUGUUUUUAAAAGUAAAAAAAAAAGACUGAAUGUGUUUACCAUUUAGUCUGUAGGUUUAUUUUCAUCUUUCAAAUUCCAGCACACAGUGAUCCCAGCAAGCCCUGUGUAUCGGGCCUUUGUAGAUUUCCUAAGAGUAUUUUGAGACCUGGAUGAAUCUGGUUUAGGAAUAAAGGUUAUCAAGGUCAAUGAUGCUGUCAGCUGAAGAUGGGAUGAAUUAGACAGAUAAACUUGAGGUUUUUAAACUGC